UAGUUUGAAUUAAGUUUCCAUCAUCAUCGUCAUCAUCAUCGUCACAAUGGUUAAUUGCUAAACCUACAACAAUUAAUAGCUUGAAAGAAAAUCAUCUAAAAGUAACAAUUAUUAUAAUCAAAGUUGAAAACAAUUUCCAAUUAGUUUAUGAUCUGAAUGAAAAAUUUUGUUUACAAGUUGAAAAGUUAAUUACAAUCUAUUGAUUGUCUAUUCCAGUGAUUAAGUGAUUAAAAAUUUAUUGUGACAUCUAACAUAUGAUCAAAUUUUGUGUCUCGUCAAACCAUCAACAGUCAACUAAUUAACAAUCCAUUGUCUGUGUUACCUCAGUGAAUUUGUGUAUCUGAAAUUUUCAUCAAUUCAACUGAAUUCAAUUGAAAUCAAUUAAUACAAAUUAGUUAAUCAUUAUCACUGAUUACAAGCUAACCAUUUCUGAAUUACAAAAGUACAAUAUAAAAAUCAGAUUAAAUUGAUUCGAGUUGUAAUCUCCUUUUGUAUUUCUCUCUCGCUCUCACUCAAGCUCUUAUUUUCACUGGUUGAAUCUACAGGAAAAGGAAAAAAAAUUAGACUCUGAGGAAAGUUACCUGAAAAAAGUUCCAAUUCUCAGUAGAUUAACAGAAAUGUUCAUGGAGAAGUGAACGAUUCUCUCUCUCUCUCUCUCUCUGAUGUAUACACAGUAAUAAAAAAUAUCUCUUUACUAAUAUAAAUUCAAUCACUAAGUUUAAGUAAACAAGAAAACGAAAAUAAUAAUAAAACUAACUCCAAGAACUCUGAGAAAAUCCUAAUCUCUCUAGUGACCACACUAAUCCAUCAGUGAUAUUGUCAAACGCAAGGACGAAAGUAAUUUACUUUUGAGAAUCGGAGGAAAAUUAUUCUCCAUAAAAUAUUAAAGAGAAACUGAGAGAAAGAUUUACUGGACAUUGUUACGAGUUUGACCAACCGUUUUAGAUGAAAAUGACCAAAUCACGAGGACUGAAUACUUAUGUUAAAAAAGUUUCACUUCCUUUUUUGUACACUAAUCCAAUAGGUAAAUUUUUACUCACAGAGGAAGUGGCCAAUAUAUGGACCAAUUUUACUGAUCCAUAUAAGAACAACGAUUCAGUUUCCAAGGUUAAAGAUGCUCUUGAGGAUAUUAAAGAUCCCCUUCGGCAAUAUUAUAUGUCAACCAUACCACAGGCUAAAAUGUAUCGAGGAUUAUUACUUCAGGGUUACAUGGUAUCACCUAAAUUUUUGUCUAACCUGGAGGAGUUUCCACUUCGAUCGGAUGAUGUUUUCCUUAUUUCCUAUCCGAGAUCGGGAACAACUUGGACGGAAGAGGUUCUAAGUUGCAUCAUUUCCGAAGCUGAUCCCGAUUUUCUGUCCAUUGAUCUACAUGAACGGGUUGUUCACCUCGAAGUUGGUGCUCCAUUUCGUCAUGAGUCCGUUAUCUCAUCAAUUCCCUCGCCAAGGUUACUGGCAACUCACCUUCCAUAUCAAUACUGUCCCAAACAAUUAAGAAAUCUUAAUUGUAAGGUUAUUCUGGUUCUAAGGAAUCCUAAAGAUCAAUUGGUUUCGUAUUAUCAUUUCCAUGAGACUGCUGGAUUUCUAGGGUGUAAACGGCAUCCUUGGAAUAAGUUUUUCGAUUGUUAUCUUCAAGGUCACCUUGUGUAUGGAUCAUGGUUUGACCAUACGAAAGCUUGGUGGGAACAAGCAAAGAAACAUCCAGAUAAAAUUCUGGCCAUUUCAUAUGAAGAAAUGCAAACGGAUUUAACAAAAAUGGUCAAGCUAAUUGGUGAAUUUCUUGGUAAACCGGUAAAAGAGGAGAUGAUACCAAAGAUUAUCAAUCAUUGUUCAUUUAAUAACAUGAAACGUAACAAAGCGGUCAACAGAUCACAAGUUCCGGUCAAGGGUCUUUUUGAUAAUCAGCUUAGUAAUUUCAUGAGAUCAGGUAGAAUUGGUGAUUGGAUGAGUCACUUUACUCCUGGGCAGAAUGAGAUUUUCGAUGAAUUUUAUGAAAAACAAAUGUCAACCACUGGAUUAAGAUUAACAUUCACCUUGGAAGAAACUAAAGCAAUAAUGACCACUGAAGGUCGAGUUAUCAAUCAACAAACAACAAUCAAUCCAGAAUAAAUUGUAAAUCUCUUAGAACUUAUAAAAAGAUUAACUCUCAAUGUAAUAUUUAACUAAUUGUGGAAACAAUUCCGAAAAUUAUUAGUUUAAUUUUAGAACUUUCUUUUAUUCUUUUUUUUUGUUCGAAUUAAAUUUUUUUUUCUCUACA